AUGGGUUGUUGGGAGGGAAGAAAGGGAGAAGAAGAGAAAGAGUCUGGGAGAAGAAAUAGAAUCACGGGCAAAAAGGGGGAAGACGGUUGGAGGAAGGAUUUUAGUAGAAACCCACUUGGAAAAAUACCUGAUUUUAGGUCUUGGGCAAUCUCUGGGUUGGAUGUUGGAGACUUUGAGAAUGCUCAGUUUGUUUUGGAGUCAGCUGCAGUCUUAUCAGCCAUAAUCAUUGUUCAUGAGAGUGGUCACUUCCUUGCUGCUUAUCUCCAAGGAAUCCACCUAAGUAAAUUUCCUGUUGGGUUUGGUCCCAUUUUAGCUAAAUUCAAUGCAAACAAUGUAGAAUACUCCAUAAGAGCUUUUCCUCUAGGUGGCUUUGUGGGGUUCCCUGAUAAUGGUCCAGAGAGUGGUAUUCCAGUCAAAGAUGAAAAUUUGCUCAAGAACAGGCCGGUAUUCGAUAGGGUAAUUGUGAUUUCAGCUGGUGUUGUUGCCAAUAUAAUCUUUGCAUAUGUGAUAAUCUUUAUCCAAGUAUUUUCAUUUGGUUUGCCUGUACGAGAGGCCUUCCCUGGGGUGCUUGUAACACCCCGAACCCAGAAGGGUCAGAGAAUUACUACCUGUCACUUACAAACUUGA